ACGAGCAGAUUCGGAAUUAGCACGGGCCGAUGGAGGAGAGAGCUCUCGUUGCCGUAGAAAGACCGAGAGCGAGAGAGAGACAAUCCUUCCUUGCCCUUUUCCAGGCGCCAGCCAGUCUCUUCUUCCUCCAGGGCCUUUGCACUUUUCUUUCUUUCUCUCUCUAAUUCUCCGUCAUUACCGCGUUAAUCGCUCCCCUUAUCGAGGGGUGAACCUAUCGAUCUCGCGCAAGCCACGCGGGCUUGCGGCUUUAACCCUCGACGACGCACGCUUCUUUCUUUCUCCGAACGAGCCAGACAUUGUGCGCGCCUCUACUUUUUCUUUGCUCUUUUAAAAAUAAGAAAGAGGGAGGGAGAGAAAAGUAAUAGUAUUUGAGUCGUCUCUUUCCGGCGACGAUGUGAAUCGUCACGUAGAACGGUCUCUCAAAGUUGGACGAGGACGACGAUGACUGCGAGAAUUGCCGCGCCACGCCGGACUGCGACGACCGACACCGUGUCACGGAGGAAGUCCCUUACGUACGCGACUCGAAUGCUCGAUGCUUGCUCGAUGUGUGCUCGACGCUCUCUGUACGACUCGCGACGACGGAUAGAUAAAUACUGAAUAGACGAAACAACGAGAAGGUACGCACGACGCACGCACGCACCCACAGGAUGGACAGGUGGAGGAGGAUUAUUUGAAAAGACGAAGAAAUGAAGACGCUUCACGGGAAUCCUGAGGAGAUUCGAAUGUUCUAACGAUUGAGACGGAAGAACGUCGGGAACGUGAAACAAAAUGGGCAAGUGUUGUAGCAAACGACAGGAGCCUCAACCGAUCGGCUACACGAAAGCAGAAACUGGAUUGAGCUCGAAACACAGCAAUGGCGGUUCCUUGGACCGAUACACAGCCGAUCCAAACCAGAGAGGCGUGCAAGCCAGGGCGGAUAUUAUCCGUCCGAGGCCGACACCUUGUAAGCUACAGAUACCGCAUCACCCACGUAAAACAAGCUCGCCUGUCGUUAUGCCUGCAUCUCACUCCCAACGAGCGAACAAAAUCGUCGUGGCUCUGUACAAUUACACGGCUCGCGAGAGCACCGACGUGAGCUUCGUCAAAGGCGACAGAAUGGAAGUUUUGGAUGAUUCCGAGCCGGACUGGUGGAAGGUUUUACACUUGACGACCCUGCAGGAGGGUCUGAUCCCGUGGAACUUCGUAGCGGUCGAACGUUCCGUCGAGAGCGAAGAUUGGUUCUUCGAGAACGUCUCGCGUAAGGAAGCAGGAAAGUUGUUGCUGGUCGAUGAAAAUCCACGCGGCACGUUUCUGGUCAGACCGAGCGAGCACAAUCCAAGGGGUUACAGCCUGUCGGUAAAGGACUGGGAAGAAGGCAGGGGUCAUCACGUGAAACACUACAAGAUCAAACCCUUAGACAAUGGCGGCUUCUUUAUCGCCACGAAUCAGACAUUCCCAACCUUGCCAGCCCUCGUUAUGGCGUACAGCAAAAACGCGUUGGGCCUUUGUCACGUUUUAUCGAAGCCCUGCCCGAAGCCCCAGCCGGACAUGUGGGAUCUGGGCCCAGAAUUGCGCGACAAAUGGGAGAUCAACAGGAACGAGAUACAGCUGAUAAGGAAAUUGGGACACGGCAACUUCGGCGAGGUUUACUACGGCAAAUGGCGGAACAAAAUCGAAGUGGCGGUGAAGACGCUUCGUCCGGGUACCAUGUCGACGGAAGCGUUCCUCCAGGAAGCCGCGAUAAUGAAACAGUUUCGUCACCGACACUUGGUCGCCCUCUACGCGGUCUGCUCCAAGGAGGAACCGAUUUACAUCGUCCAAGAGUACAUGUGCAACGGGAGUCUCUUGGACUUUUUACGUACCGGCGAUGGCAAGUACAUGCAAUUCGAGGACUUGAUUUACAUCGCCGCCCAGGUUGCCUCCGGGAUGGAACACCUCGAGAGCAAACAAUUGAUACACAGAGAUCUAGCGGCUAGGAACGUUCUCAUAGGCGAGAAGAACAAGGCAAAGAUUUGCGACUUUGGCCUCGCUAGAGUGAUCGAGGACGACGAAUAUUGUCCCAAACAGGGAAGUAGGUUCCCGGUAAAGUGGACCGCUCCCGAAGCCAUCGUUUACGGAAGGUUCAGCAUCAAGAGCGACGUUUGGUCCUAUGGUAUUUUACUCAUGGAGUUAUUCACUUACGGACAAGUUCCUUAUCCCGGUAUGCACGGUCGAGAAGUGAUCGAGCAAGUCGACAAAGGUUACCGUAUGCCCAAACCAUUGAAUCAUCCACUGCCGGACAGUAUAUAUCGAUUAAUGUUACAGUGCUGGGACGCCAGUCCCGAGAAACGACCCACCUUCGAGUUCCUUAAUCAUUAUUUCGAGUCGUUUAACGUCACUAGUGAAAUACCUUAUCUCGAGCCACCGACGGACUGAUACACAGCCCACAUGCAGAGUCACAUGGUGCCGCAUGGUCAUUUUCAUACAGCGCACAUCAACUGUGCCAUGGAAUUUUACGGUAUUUAUUGCUAAAGAAUAAACGCAAAAACGGCGAUAACCAAGUGGGAUCGUUAUUGUUGAUGAUGACGUCAGAAAAUUGAGAAACCGUUGAUCGAAAUCCGUUAUCGACCAAGGAAGCCAAUGGAAAAAUACCAAGGACGAUUGUGCGACUCGUUUCUUGACGCAAUAGGGAUGAUUACGGCGAUUUUAUGAGAACGCGCGACUAUUCUUUACGAUAGAAAUACUCUCUCUCGAUGACGGAAAACCUUGUGUGCCAUGAACUUUAUCGAUUUCAUAGGUAUUAUUUAUCAGGUUAACGCGAAAGGCAAGCCCUUCCGACAUUCUUCUGACCAAUCGUGAAUAACUGCCGAAAAAUCUUUCAACGUCUCACGUAAGAGAAAUAAAAGAAAAAAGAAAAAAAAAAAAAGAGUGAAGAAGGAAACGACUAUCUAAAAAGUACCAAAUUGAAUUAAGCUUCGUGACCAAUUGUGAAUAACUGCCGGAUUUUUGAACCUCAUGUGUUACCCCGACUGAAAUGAAAGGAGAGUAUAAAAAUUUGUCUCGCGUGCGUGUGCGUGGGUGUGUGCGUGUGCGUGUGCGCGUGCGCGCAAACAUAUGAAAUCUUGAAUGAAUCGUUCGUUAAACGUUUUCACCAUUUUGAGAAAUAUUAAGUGAACGAUGUUUGAUCGAAAUAUUAAUAUUAAUUAAGGUGUGUAGAGCAGUAGCGUUGAUACGAAUUGGAAGGUAGUAUAGGUAGUAUUUAAAAGUCAUAGAUGAUAUAAUCAUAUUUUAGACCGUUAGAUCGUUGUCGAUUUCGAACGGAUAAAGAGAGAAAGAGAGAGAGAGAUAACGAUACGUAAUAAUAAUUUUUGUCAUUGAUCUCCGAUCGUAGUCGAGUUUUCCUAAUGGAAAGAAAUCUUUCGACACCCUCAAAAAUUAUCGUACGGAUUAAUUAUUCAUCAAUUGUUAUAUCGAAUAUCGUCAAAAAUGCACAAAUUAAUGUGUUGAUGAAACGAAACAAAGAGAUUUCGCGACUAGGGAAUAUGAUUAUACACUUACAUGGUACACGUCGUGUUUGAGUUUCAUUUUCGUUUCUUUUAAGACAAAGGUAUACUAGUUUGUUUAUAUCAAGGAUGCAAGUAUUUAAUCCAGUACCAUUCGUGCGAUUAUUUUUAGCUGUGAUUCUUCGCUAAGUCGCGAAAAAUACCAUACAAACGGGAGACCAACGGUGUGCGGUUAAUCUAUUUUCUUUGCGUUUAACAAAUUAUGCAUUAUAUCUGCAAUAGCUACGAUAAAACAACGUUACGUACGUGCAAGAUCUUUCCUUUAGAUUGCACUUUUCGCGAAAUAUUGUCGAUUAUGACGUGUGAGGUAUUAGAGAUUAGUGUUUUUGUAAUUGAUAAUACGAGAGAGAGAGAGAGAGAGAGAAAGAGUGAGUGAGUGAGUGAGUGGGUGGGUGGGUGAGUGUGUGAGCGAGAGAGAGAAAGAAAGCAAGAAAGGAAGAAUCGAAAAAAGUUACUAAAUUGGUAUAAACCAGAGUAUGCGCGCGCGCGUGUGUACCGGAAAAAAGAAACUUUAUAUUAUCUCCUUGCGUACGUGUGCGUGUGCGAUGCGUAAAAGGCGAUCUAGUAGAAAAUGGAACGCAAGAUAUAAUAAGCCAUCGAUGUUAUUCGUACAAAAUGUCUGAAUGAAAGAGGAAGAAAAAGAGAGGAGAAUUGUGAAUUUUUUACUAAAGAUACAUACAAACGACAAGUUAAAAUUAGAACGUAGAUGAAAAAGGUAGGAACGUUAAAAAAUAAUUAAAUGCGAUAGAUAUUCGAAUCUCCUGAGAAAAUCGAUACGUCAUUUAAUCCACGUAUCCGCACGUUUUCCUUUUUAGAGAGGGAGAGGGUGUCCGAUAUUUCGUCUAUUUCGUCGUCGUCCCAUGCGAAAUCGUAUCGUUAGGAUUAAGUCUAUGGAUAUAAAUCAUUAGUUUAUCGAAAUUUCAUUGUGAAGAGAGAAAGAGAGAGAGAGAGAGAGAGAGAGAGAGAGAGAGAGAGAGAGAAAAUAAUUGUGUUACGCGUGUCCUAACUAAAUAUUUUUCACGAGCAUUUUACUGCGAAUUAGUCGAUUGGCGCGACAUUAACGAAAAUUAAAAAAAAAAAAAGAAAAAGAAAAAAAAAACAAGAAAAAAAAACACGAGAACGCGAGAAAGAAAAGAUGUAAGCGGUGAUAUGCGCGUUAAAAAUGUCACGUUUCGUAGCUUUAGAUAGCUAUUACCACGUCCAGUACAUUUUUCUAUGAGCGUUUUAUACUGAUCAAAAUGUUGUUGUUUUCUCGUGAGGUUUAAAAAAAGAGGGAUGAUCAUUUGAAAGUUUUGCCGACGAUCGAGUGUCGCCGUAGUAGUUUGUAGAAUAGUUUUAUGCAAGUUCGAUUCCAUAUAACGAUGGAUUAUGAGGAAGAAGAAGAGAAAGAGAUACAGAUUGCGAAAAAAAGAAUGAUUUCAUUGAUAUCGAGCGCAUCGGUAAUAGACCAGAGAGACUUCUUUUCCCCCGCUAUCUAUUUUAACUUUUUUUUUUUUUCGUUUCUUCUAACUUUAGACUCUUGCAAAAGCAUCACGUGAUCGACGUGCUCGUUUCUUCGUCGAAGAGGAUAAAUCAUUUUUAAGAACAAACGAUUCGCCACGUUCCCACUGCCAUUCUAUAAUUAAAAGAAUCAAACGUUACGGCGGCAAUUCCAAAGGCAUUCUCAUUCGUUCUAUCGUGUACCUAACGAAAGAAAAUACGAGCCAUAUGGCUCGCUUGGUGUAUAUCGUGAUACUAUCUCGAUUCGACAAAUUCCUAUCUCUAUGAACGCGUAUCUCGCCGUUGCCCCGUUCAAAUGAAAUCUUGAUAAAUCUGUGAUAUAGCGGCAGACCUCACGUUUUGAUACAGAGUUUGAACAUUGCACGGGAUUACCGCGACAUUACACGUAACUAAUGUUGUGUAUAUAGUAACAAGUUUAACGGUUGGUUAUUCGUCGCGAAUUACAUGCACUUUCGAACGAUAACAACAGCAGCAACAACAACAGCAACAACGACAACAGCGGCAGCAACAGCAACAGCAACAGCAGCGGCAACAGCAGCAGCAGUAACAACAAAAUGGUCGUCACGUGGUGCGCGAGCACGGAACAAAAGAAAUAUUUUUUCAUUGUAUUCGAUCGUUCUAACGUAACAGACGCCACGUAAAUACGCGAUUCACCACGCUAUUCUCUGAGAUAAAAGAAUCUGUAUAUGUAUAACGUCAUCAUUUUUUAUGUACCAAAGCUUAUUAUCAUUAAGUAAUUUAAUGAUUACUUUGUAUUAUUGGAUUAAUUACCUUAAGCCUAUACAGAUAAAUAUAUUAUGUACCAUA